AUGGAGGAAGAUCUUCGUGGUUGCUUGUGGAAAAUUUUUGUCGAUGGAUCCUUAAAUCAGAUGAGGGCGGGCAUUGGGAUCAAACUGCAGACACCGAAAAGUACGUCCCUAAGUCAAGCGCUCUGGCUUGAAUUCAGAGCCACCAACAAUGAAGCGGAGUAUGAAGCACUACUGGCAGGACUUAAGCUUGCCAAGGAGCUGAAGGUUAGGAAUUUGACUGUCUUUAGUGACUCACAGUUAAUUGUUCGGCAGGUGAAUGGCGAGUAUGAAACCAAAGAUGAAACGAUGGAAGCAUAUCAUUCUGCUGUUAUGUGGGAAGCCAAAAACUUUGAAAAAAUUGAAUUCAUCCAAAUACCGAGAGAGCUUAACGAGGAUGUCGAUCGGCUAGCAUGUAGUGCCUUGGGUUCUGGAGUAACAUUGGCAAGGGCGAGUGUACAAGUUUUUGAGAUUUAUAAAAGUAAUAUUCCUCUUCAAGAGAUUGAUUAA